GCGUGCGCUGUAGGAAGAGUAACCUAGUUUUUUGGGGGAGGGCUACGUGGAAGUAACUAAAAGCUACAAAAUGAUCCACAGUUUAUUUAUGAUCAACAGUGCGGGGGAUAUUUUUAUGGAGAAGCACUGGAAAAGUGUCAUCAGCAGAUCUGUGUGUGACUACUUUUUUGAAGAGCAACAAAAGGCCAAUAGCCCAGAAGAUGUGAACCCUGUGAUCUCCACUCCCCACCACUAUCUCAUCCACAUCUACAGAGAAAACAUCUACUUUGUAGCAGUCUGUACAACAGAAGUCCCUCCCCUGUUUGUGAUAGAGUUCCUACACAGAGUGGUCGACACCUUCACAGACUACUUCGGAGACGGAGGAGAGACUGCAAUAAAGGACAACUAUGUUAUCGUUUACGAGUUGUUGGAGGAGAUGUUGGACAAUGGUUUCCCCCUGGCCACAGAGUCUAACAUCCUGAAGGAACUCAUCAAACCCCCCAACAUCCUCCGAACAGUCGUCAACACCGUCACAGGCAGCUCCAACCUAGCAGACACCCUCCCCACCGGUCAGCUGUCUAACGUCCCCUGGAGGAGGGCAGGGGUCAAGUACACCAACAACGAGGCCUACUUCGACGUCAUCGAAGAAAUAGACGCCAUCAUCGACAAACAGGGCUCCACAGUAUUUGCUGAUAUACAGGGAGUGAUUGACUGCUGUGUGAAGUUGUCGGGGAUGCCAGACCUCACCCUGUCCUUCAUGAACCCUCGUAUCCUGGACGACGUCAGUUUCCACCCCUGUGUACGCUUCAAGAGAUGGGAGUCAGAAAGAGUUUUGUCCUUCGUUCCUCCAGACGGCAACUUCAGACUCAUCUCCUACCAUGUGGGGUCUCAGAAUAUGGUGGCCAUCCCUGUGUACGUGAAACCUAACAUCUCCUUCAGAGAGGGAGGGGGGCGGUUUGACGUCACCGUGGGACCUAAACAGACCAUGGGCAAACUGGUGGAGUCGGUGGUGAUCACCUGUGCCAUGCCUAAGGUGGUGUUGAACAUGAACCUGACCCCGACCCAGGGCACCUACACGUUUGACCCGGUUGCCAAGGUGCUGACCUGGGACGUGGGGAAGAUCAACCCCCAGAAGCUGCCCAACCUCAGGGGGAACAUCAGUCUACAGAGUGGGUCUCCCCCGCCAGAGUCCAACCCUGCUAUUUCUGUCCAGUUCAAGAUCCAACAGAUGGCUGUGUCAGGGUUAAAGGUGAACAGACUGGACAUGUAUGGAGAGAGCUCCCCAAAGAAAAGCUUCAGUUUUGAGAAAUACAAGCCGUUCAAGGGAGUGAAGUACUUGACCAAAGCUGGCAACUUCCAAGUUCGGACAUGAUGUUACCUCAUCCAAGCAGACGUUUGGGGUCACUCCGAGGCCACACAAAUAUUAUCACCCAUUGUCACCAUCCAGUUUCUAACCGAAUAGAGAUUUACUAAACUGAAUGUACCUCUUUGAAUAUUUAAUCUGGAAGUUACAACAAACAAUUUUGAAGAGACAAAAAUUUGCCCUAUAUUAAACCUUAGUCCACCUUCACUCAUUUAAUACAUUCCCUACUAAAAGCUUCCCUAUCAAUUU